AAAGUGUGAGGAUAGAUAGAUAGAUAGAUAGAUAGAUAGAUAGAUAGAUAGAUAGAUAGAUAGAUAGAUAGAUAGAUAGAUAGAUAGAUAGAUAGAUAGAUAGAUAGAUAAGGUGCAUUCUCUUGUGCUACAGUUUUCAUUCAUGUAGUCGUGGGUGAGACUAGGAGCAGCAGCACUUUCCCUCCCUGUCUCAUACACUCCUCUCACACACAUGCACGUGCAUUUACAAACACCAACACACACACUUUUGCUGCGGAGAGGGACGAACUCCCCUCCCCUGUGACUCCGGGGGAAGAGGGGCAGUGGCAGAUUUUGCAGCUCACACACAGACACACACACACACUCUGUCUCUUUUUCUGUUUCCCACAUCACACAAGCCCAGGAAGGCACAUGUGCUUCAGAGUGGACUAGCAACGGAAGGGAUGCGCCAUGAAGUCUCAGCAGAAGUGCAUCGUGAUCUUUGCCUUGGUGUGCUGCUUCGCUGUUCUGGUGGCGUUAAUUUUCUCAGCUGUGGACGUCUGGGGCGAAGAUGAGGACGGGAUCACGGAGGAGAACUGCAGCAGGGACUGCAGAAUAUCACUGGUGGAAAACAUCCCAGAAGACAUUUCCUUCCUAGAGAAUGGCACGUCCUACCUCCCCCUUUCAGUGGGGCUGUACAACCUGCUGGACCAAGCUAUCCGGGUUGUAGAGAUAGUUUCCCCGCUGUGGCUCCUCAACUCCUCAGAUUAUGAAUCCAGUUUCCAGCCCACUGCCAGACAGGGCAGAGCUCUGCUGUCAAGGCUGCAGGGGCUGAAAGCGAAAGGCGUCCAGCUGAAGAUCUCCAGCGGGAUAUUCGACUCAGCUGAGCUCAGGACACUUGCCAACCACAAUGCAGAGGUCCACUAUGUAAACAUGACAGCACUGAUCAAAGGCAACCUCCACUCUUCCUUCUGGGUGGUCGACAGGAAGCAUUUCUACAUCGGCAGUGGCAGCAUGGACUGGAGAUCUCUGGCCACAAGGAAGGAGCUGGGUGUGUUGGUGUACAACUGCAGCUGUCUGGCUCUGGACCUCCACAAAUUGUUCAGCCUCUACUGGGGGCUGAUGUACAAAGACUUCAUCCCCUCUUUCUGGUCCAAACGCCUCUUUGCCCUCUUUAACAGCGACUCGCCACUGCAGCUGACACUGAACAGCACAAAAGCUCAGGCCUACAUCUCUAGCUCGCCGGAUGUUUUAAUCCCCAAAGAUCGCAGCAAUGACCUGGAAGCCAUUUCUCGGGUCAUCCAAGAGGCCCGCCAUUUCAUCUACAUCUCCAUCACUGAUUACCUGCCUCUCCUGGACAGCAGCAGCCACAGGUACUGGUCUCAUAUCGAUGCUCUUAUAAGAGAGGCUCUGAUCCUGAGGAAGGUGCGAGUCCGUCUGCUGAUAAGUUGCUGGGAAAAGACUCAUCCACUCACUUUCAACUUCAUCUGGUCCCUGAGGAGUCUGUGUAUGGAGCAGGCCAACUGCUCUCUGGAGGCUAAGUUCUUCAACCCCAGAGUGCAGAGGGAUGGCAGUCUCCAGGGAAUAAACCACAACAGGUUUAUGGUUACAGACAGAGCCAUUUAUUUAGGCAACCUUGACUGGGUGGGGAAUGAGUUCACCUUUAAUGCGGGAGCAGGCCUCGUAAUCACUCAGCCAGAGGGCGUCGAGGAGAGGAACUCCACGGUGGUGGAGCAGUUACAGGCUGUGUUUGAGCGGGACUGGUUUUCCCGUUACACCCGCUCACUCCAGGCUAAUAAAAUCCCUGUUUGCAACAAGCACCACAUCAAUAGGCUGGUGUCCGUCAAAGCCAGCCACCUAGACAAUGGCCCAGUGCCUAUCAGAAAAGGCCAGCAUGAUAAUGGACCUGCACCAAUAAGGAACCACCUCAAAGUUGAUGGACAGACGGCUGACAAAACAAGGCCCCAUGACGACAGACUCAGCAAAGGUAGUCACCAGCAAAUGGUGCCUCUAGUGCCACUUGUGGAGGGUCACCAAGAGAGGGGUCGAAUCAAAAUGAGUCACUUUGACAACAGGCAGAUACAAAUAGAAGGAAAGAGCCAGGACAGUCCAGUGGAUCUACCUGGUCAGUCAGCAGAGAGCAGCGGCUUCAGAGAGAUCUCCAACGGACCCCUGUGACCUCAAAGCAUGACCGGUCUGUUCUCCCAGAGUGAAAUUUUUGGGGACCUCCUUUCUUCCAGUGACAAUGGACUUCUACCACUGGGUCUUUGUAGCAUUUUGUUAUUGUCAUUUUGUAGAAAACUAUAAUUCUGCUUAGUUUAGAGGUAUUUUCUGGUUUGCAGGACUUGACAAUGUACAGGGUAGAACUCAGGAAGGUAAGUGAACUCACCACUUGAGUCUGGCACUUUUGACGGAUACUUUGAGAAAGGAACCAAACCAUUUUGGUUUCUAAGAAAUACUGAUUAAUACAAUAUUAAUAAUAUUAGUAUUAUCUUAAAACCUUGGAAUUUAGUUAAUUUUUUUGUCCUUGAGGUCUCUCAAGCUAAAGGGACUGUAUUUGUAUUGACUGCCAGAAAACUGGGUGUCGGUUAAGUUGUUUGUGGCAGUCAUGAUUUAUCACCCUUUAAAAGGGGGAGUAACACCUGCAUGCUUAUGCAGAUUCAAAACGCCAUGAACCAGAUGUAGCUAACCUGCAUCUAGUAUUCAAGAAACACUCCAAAAAAUGGGAGAUUCACCACUCAGCUUUGGUUGUUGUGGAUCUAUUAUUGCCUCUAUUCUCUGAUUCAUAGAUCCACAUAUUAAUUAGAACUAGUAAUAUCAGAUCUUCAAACCAUCAAGAAAAAACGAGUUUAACACACACAAGUUACAUCUACCAAAUAAUUUAUUAGACUCUGGUAAAAGAAAGAACCCCAUAACUCAUGCUGUGUGUUGACCCAGAUUUUAGCAACUGCGGCUCCAGAGGGACUUAUCAAAUCUUGUCCACAAGAACAAAGACCAGGAUUGCAAAAUGUUUCAUUUUUUGGAGGUUGUGAUUAAAUUUAAUUAUCUUUUAGAUGGGGCCUAACAUGCUCUAUCUGUUACUAUCGGAAAACUACAACCUUCACUGCUUCAAGUCAAAUAAAGGUUUGUGAUAGUUUCCCUAGAGGAUGGAGCCUAUUGAUCUGAAAUGCCCUUAACAUAUAUUCAUUAGUGUUUCCUCAUACAAAUCCUAAGGAAAGAAGAGGAGAUGGAAUGCAGUGUCGUAACUUAUUGAACAAAUACUGAAGGAGCAGUUUGAAGAAGAUGCCAGAGGAUCUCUGCUGUUGGCAAAUCAAUACAAUGAAUUUUUAACAGAGCCUGACAGUUUCACUUUAACCUGAAGGACAUGGUGGCCUAUAAUGUCAUGACUGCAUAUGUGUUCCCUCCGUCAUGUGUAAGCAAAGCCACAGAGUCUAGGAUUGUCUGAAAAGAAUAACUAAUUUACACGCUAGUUGCAACUUUCAUUUGCUUUUUGAAUGACUGCAUGUCAGUUUACACACUCUUUGCUAUGAGUGCAACUUUUAACAACAAUGCUUGUGGAGUUUAUAAUAAUGUAAAGGUAUUUUUUAACUUUUAAAGCCAUUCAUUGAGCAAACAACUUUGUGUAGUCAGUCUGUCGUCUGAAUUUGUUUAGCAGAAUGAAAAAACAAAACAAAACAUGUAAUUCUGCCAAUAAACUGGAGCUAAAACGUGCAGAAAGACAGACAGUCAGCAUGGUAGAGAGAAAAUUCAUCAGCAAAUGAUUCUAAUAAUUGACUGAUCAGUCAUUUUUUGUCAACUAUUCCCUGGUUCUAGUUUGUCAAAUGUUAAUAUUUUUUUUAUGAUAUUAAACCAUAUAUCUGGUUUAACUUUUAGGAAUAAUGAUGGAUAUUUUUAACUAUUUUUCUUAAUCAGUAAUUUGAACAAACUAAAUCCUUAGUUGCAGCCCUUUAACGAUAUAAUUUUUGAUAGAAACCAUUGAGGGCUUUACUUGUUUUCAGAGGAUUUAUGUGUGCACACUUCGCGUCUGCUCUGUUUGUGCUACAAGUCCAAAAACGUUACGUCUUGUUUCAAAAAUACAAAGGUAGGUCCAAGCAUUUCUUGGCAAAAGCAAAAUCAGUUGAGAAUUGUUGACUUGCCAUUGUGGAUAUAUUCUGCCCUCUAGAGGAUUUCAUAAGAGAGAACAUUUCUUUUUACUUCUGCAAUGUGAUAUAUUAUAAAAAUCAGCCUUGGCUGCGGGUAUAUGUUGGUUCACUGACUACUGAAUAUAUGUAACUUCAUGUAAAAUGUGUACAGAGUCAGUGUGAUGUGAAUGUUGCUGUUUUUCUGCAAAAAUCUGAACUGAAGGUAUUCUUAGAGAUACGGCUUCACAAUAUCAGAUUACAUAAUAUGUAAAUAAUAACAAUAGGGCCUCAGGCAUUGCCCCAUAGCCCUAAUAAUGGUAAUUUACAUUUACAUAUUAAUUUUAACAUGCAAAAAAAAGAAUGAAAAACAACUUUUGCUUUACUGCUGUAUGCGUACCCACAUUUUCUCCAUUUCUGUGUGAGUCACACUAAUUCAUCCGUGAUUAAUAAUUCAUUCAGCCUCACAAUCGUACAGUAUAACCUCAACAAUUGCAUCACAUAUUCUUGUAAAGCACUAUGUUACCACACUGUAUUGUUAAACUGUAUUGCCUGGAGUCAGAUCCCCUACUUUAUGCUGCUAUUAUGUGUAACUGUCACACGAAAGAAGGAAUGAUGCUUAACGUAUGUUAUCUAUUGAACUGUUUUGUUCUGUUUUUAUCUAUUGAACUGAGUAUUUUGGUUUUUAACAAGAGUAACUAAUUUCAUAUUAAUAGGGACCACGACUCAGAUGCCAAGGAUUAACCUCUGCACUGGUUUACAAUCUGCAACAUGCAAAUUACAAUGUUGAAGCAAAAAGUAAUUUUAAGUUAACCUGUAUAUGAUACUAUUUGUCUUGAGGUCAGAAGUCUGGAAGGAGCUGCAGAACGAAGCACUGUCACUGAGUGGUUCAAUGGAAAUGCUUACUGUUAAAGCUUUUAUGUCGCCAACCUUUAUUCUGUUGAAUUGUUUCGGCAUGACUUCUGCUUGCAUGCCUUGCCUUUAUGAACUGUGCACAAUAGCUACAAGCCUUUCUAGAGAUGAUGCUAUGAUGAAACCUUGUAUACCUUUAAAACUACAGAAGGAAUGUAUAUUUAUUGAAUAUCCUUGUUAAUGCACACUACUGAAUUAUAUGAUCACUGAGUUUUUACUCUUAAUAAUAAAAAAAAUAUCUACGCUU